AUGGCGGGCGGGCCCCCCAAGGCCCUGCCGUCCACGGGGCCCCAGUCCCUGCGCGACAUGCCGCACCCGCUGGCCGGCUCCAGCAGCGAGGAGGCCGUGGGUGGCGACAGCACGCCCAGCCCGGACCUGCUGAUGGGCCGCAGCUUUGGUGACAAGGAUCUGAUUUUGCCCAAUGGUGGAACUCCAGUAGGCACUUCGAGCCCAGCUUCCUCAUCUUCCCUCCUCAACAGACUCCAGCUUGACGAUGACAUAGAUGGUGAGACCCGAGAUCUCUUUGUCACAGUUGACGAUCCCAAGAAGCACGUGUGUACGAUGGAGACCUACAUCACUUAUCGGAUCACCACCAAAAGUACUCGGGUGGAAUUUGACCUGCCGGAAUAUUCUGUUCGUCGAAGAUACCAGGAUUUUGACUGGUUGAGGAACAAACUGGAAGAAUCCCAGCCCACUCACCUCAUUCCCCCCCUUCCUGAGAAGUUUGUGGUGAAAGGUGUCGUGGAUCGUUUUUCAGAAGAGUUUGUGGAGACCAGAAGAAAAGCUUUGGAUAAAUUCCUAAAAAGAAUUACGGAUCAUCCUGUUCUCUCCUUCAAUGAGCACUUCAAUGUUUUCCUUACUGCUAAGGACCUGAAUGCCUACAAGAAGCAGGGGAUGGCAUUGCUGACCAGAGUGGGUGAGUCGGUCAAGCAUGUCACUGGCGGCUACAAGCUGAGGACUCGGCCUCUUGAAUUUGCAGCCAUAGGUGAAUACUUAGACAUGUUUGCACUCAAACUGGGGACCAUCGAUCGAAUAGCCCAGCGGAUCAUCAAAGAAGAAAUAGAGUACCUUGUAGAGCUGAGAGAGUACGGGCCUGUGUACUCUACAUGGAGUGCAUUGGAGGGAGAGCUGGCUGAGCCCCUGGAAGGCGUGUCAGGUUGCAUUGGGAACUGCUCCACAGCCUUGGAAGAGCUGACGGAUGACAUGACAGAAGACUUUCUACCUGUGCUCAGGGAAUAUAUUUUAUACUCUGACUCCAUGAAGAGUGUACUGAAGAAGAGGGACCAAGUUCAAGCAGAAUACGAAGCCAAACUGGAAGCUGUGGCUCUGAGAAAGGAGGACCGCCCCAAGGUGCCCGCAGAUGUUGAGAAGUGUCAGGAUCGGAUGGAGUGUUUCAACGCGGAUCUGAAAGCUGACAUGGAGAGGUGGCAGAACAACAAGAGGCAGGACUUCCGGCAGCUGCUCAUGGGGAUGGCCGACAAGAACAUCCAGUAUUAUGAGAAGUGCCUCACAGCGUGGGAGUCAAUUAUUCCACUACUGCAGGAGAAGCAAGAGGCCAAGUAAGUUGCUUCUGGGGACAGAGACUCUUCUACCUACACAGGGCAUGGCACCCCUUCCUGGAACGUCCCUGCAGCGCCGGAGAGGCAGCGCUGGGAAAAGCACCACCGCAGAGGCAACUCUCAUUUGUGUUGUUCCCGCCCCUCCACCUCACCCCACGGUUGUUUCCAAUUAGUAUUUAUUCCUUGGUGGAUUCUGGGAGGCUGGAAGCAUCUCUCAGCUAACGCAGUGUCCCUCCAGGGCGUGAAGGAACCUGCCCAGCAGAGCGCUGUGAAGAGCUGCAGCCGAGGGUCGGGGACCCGCAGUGGCGUCCUGACAUUUCACUACGGUUUACUUUCUGGGGGUUUCCUCACCUGUUGUAGGAGAGAACCCAGGUCCUGCUUUCUAAGGACUCAAAAGGAGGCAGAAACAGAAGGCAGCGGCUCUGGAAUUGAGCUCUGUGGACAUUGCUCUGUCUCAGUCUGGAAGGAGGUGUGGGCACCUCCGUGGAAAGUCCUUAAUGUACAGUGGCCUGUAGCUGUGAGUGUGGCCUGCUGCCUGCUUGUGACGAGUGAUAUCUAUUUUAUUGUUUCGGUUUUGCGUAGGGACAUUUAAAUCAGUGUCAAUAUGCAUCCGUGCCUGAGGGAGAGGCCCCAGUCCUUGUCCUCAAGCGAUGCCUUGGGGAACUGAGGGGCCUGCUCUCUGGACUGGCUUCUGACACGAGAAUGCAAUAGAUGGGAAACUUUUUGUGUAAAAUGAAAAAAAAAAAGGUGCAUCUUUCUCUGUGGAGGUCUUCAGUGUUUUUCUUUUGCUUGUUAAUUGUCAUCAGAGCAGGGAUUAGGUCCGUUAGGGAGUAUCUGUCAUCGUGAAGUCUGAGAAGCUCACUGCACUUGUCGAGAUCAGUGGGCAUAUACCAAACCCCACCUCCAGUGUCUGCUUUGUGCAAUUUGCCUUUAUCUCACCAAAAAGAGCUAGUUGGAUAUUUCCUACUGUGUCUGCUGAAUGUUGGGGCAUGCUUUUGGUGAGAGGGCUGGUAUGUCGUGUUGUUAUGACACAGCUGAAAUCUGUAAACUCCAUGUGAAUGUUCUACAUAAAGUGCUUUAACCCGUAACAUUUCCUGAUCAGGAAGAAAAGUCAGUACCUGGACAGGCCUCGAAGACGACAAGCAUAACCAUGAACUCUUUGCUUUUAGUUAAGUUAAAAUCUCCUCAACUGGUAGCCACGUUCUUGGGGACUGCUGGCUGUGUUUAAAGCCUUCAUUUCAAAUUAUCACCAGGUUUACUUUUCACAUCACAAAACAGUCAACAAGGCUCUAUCUUCUUGUUCAUUUUUUCCCUCCUGAAAUGAAGCUACUUAAUGUCAUAUUGUGUCCUUUAACCUGCAGCUCAUCCCUAUAAAACUAAAUCUGAGCCUAAUAAACGGUGGCAGGUCUUUGUUUUUAAUGAAACAGCUGUGUUAACACACUGCGCCCGCAAGUUCACCUGCAGAUACUGGCCACCAUGCAGCAUGUUGGAGUCACUCCAUCUCACUCCUAACUGCAGGGCAGACCUUGCAUCGGCCACAGCUGUGGUUCUGUCGGUACAGCAGUUGAACAGCACAGAUGGGUUCGGUUCUGUUGCAUCGAGUUUGGCAACACCGCAGUUUAAAUGAUAAUUCUUACAUCAGUUGGUACUUGCCUGUACUGUCAAACCCCAUUUGUGCCAUUCCAAAAUCCUUUGAUGUGAAUUUUCAGUUCGGUACAAUUAGAAACAAUUCGUUGGAGCAGAAGGGUGAGAACAGCCUGUCUACCCCCCGAGUGGUGACUCAGCAUUUCACUCUACCUCUAAGCCGUGGUCGUGUUGGUGUGGGGAUGGACGCUGGGUCUGGCCUGCCGCUGUGCUGGGAGCAUCAGAGUGUGUGUCUGAUAGUGAGCUCACAGUCCCCUGCCGCUCUUGGGCAGAAGAUACCAGACCAACCCAACAGCAAAUGCUCGUAUUUGGGGGACACUUGAAGCUUCCGCUUGUGGAAUGUGUGCUUUAAAGAUGUUGUCCAGGGUCCUGAAUGCUUGGAGUGAAUUGUGGGAAGAGUUAUAGGAAAUUACCUGCUAGUUGCCAAAGCCCAAAAACAUUCCCAUAUAAUGGUUUGUUGGGAAAGAAGGAAGCAUUUCCAAAAAAAAAAAAAAAA